GGGAGAGGGAGAAGCAGGCUCCCCACAGAGCAGGGGGAACCUGAUGUGGGCCUCCAUCCCAGGACCCCAGGACCAUGACCUGAGCCAAAGGCAGAGCCACCCAGGUGCCUGUGAGACCUUUCAAGUGUAUAAAGAAUAUCAGCAUCCAGCAUAGUCAAGAUAAUCCUCUAAAACAAGGAGGAAUACUCUUAAAUAUGGACUUUAUGUAAACAAAUUACAGAAAAAUACAUGUUUAUUGAAGAAGUCAAACAAGCAAUAGUUUACAAGGAAAGAUUAAAAUAUCUCCUCCUCAUCUCCCUGAGGAGGAAACGCCGCUCCACACCUUUGACUUCUUCCACACCACCCCCACAAGCGACAGAGAAAAGCUCUUACUUGCAGACCACAGAGCUCUCGCUGUGGACCGUGGUGGCUGCCAUUCAAGCCGUGGAGAAGAAGAUGGAGUCCCAGGCCGCCCGGCUGCAGAGCCUGGAGGGGCGGACGGGGACAGCCGAGAAGAAGCUGGCGGACUGCGAGAAGACGGCCGUGGAGUUCGGGAACCAGCUGGAGGGCAAGUGGGCCGUGCUGGGGACCCUGCUGCAGGAGUACGGGCUGCUCCAGAGGCGGCUGGAGAACAUGGAGAACCUGCUGAGAAACAGCAACUUCUGGGUCCUGCGGCUGCCCCCGGGCAGCAGUGGAGAGGUCCCUAAGGUGUCCAGGUCACUUGAAAAUGAUGGAGUCUGUUUCUCAGAGCAGGAAUGGGAAAAUCUGGAGGACUGGCAGAAGGAGCUCUACAGAAAUGUGAUGAAGAGCAACUAUGAGACUCUAGUCUCUCUCAAGGUCCUUGGCCAGCCAGAAGGAGAAGCGGAAUUGGGUGCAGGGAUGCUGGGUGACUUGGAGGAGGAAGGUCCUGGUGAUGUCCACCCAGCAGAAGGGGUUAUGAUCAAGCAGGAGAUCCAGUAUGCUCAGGAAGGCUCUGCGGAUCUUCCUGGAGAGUUCUCUGGCAUUGCUGAAGAGCAGGCUUUCCUGAGCCCAGAACAUGCUGAACUCUGGGAUGGUCAGGGUGGUUCUGUCCUCUUGGAUUCAGGCCCCGGGGACACUCAUCUGGCGGAUCCCAUUGAGGGCAGUAGAGACCCUAGCAGUGGCAGGACUCUGAGCUGCCCGCCGAAGCAGAAACCUAGUAGGCAGCUGCAGCCGGGUCAGGAGUGCGGGCAGGGCCUAAAGCUGAAAAGGGACACUUCUGGCCGCUAUGAAUGUUCCGAGUGCGAGAUCAGCUUCCACUGUAAACAGCAGCUAGCUGCACAUCUGCAGACCCACUCAGGGUGGGGGACUUACACGUCAUCGGAGCCAGAGGAGGGCCUCAGAGCCCGGCCACAACUUAAGCCCCAGUCCAAGCGGGCAAAGCUGCAUCAGUGUGACGUGUGCUCGAGGAGCUUCAGCUGCAGGGUGAGCCUGGUGACCCACCAGCGCUGCCACUUGCAGGAGGGGCCCAGUGCUGGCCACUGUGUCCAGGAGAGGUUCUCGCCCAACAGCCUGGUUGCCCUGCCUGGCCACAUCCCUUGGAGGAAGAGCCGGAGUUCCCUCAUCUGCGGUUACUGCGGCAAGAGCUUCAGCCAUCCAUCUGAUCUGGUGCGGCACCAGCGCAUCCACACGGGCGAGCGGCCCUACAGCUGCUCAGAGUGUGAGAAGAGCUUUGUCCAGAAGCAGCACCUUCUGCAGCACCAGAAGAUCCACCAGCGGGAGCGGGGCGGGCUGGCCCUGGAGCCUGGAAGGCCCAAUGGCCUGCUUUAAGAGUGCCAGCCCCUUAUCCGUCCAGGGCGGGGGGCAGAAGGGGCUGGCAUUGGUCCCCCCGUAGAGACACUGUGCAGAGUCAGGGACUGACUUCUUCCUGAGGAGAGUCACUUUGAUUCGCCUUCCCUUGGCUGAGCACCAGGCCAGGCCCAGAGGCUGUCCUUUGAACUGUGGAAGAGGAGGAGUCCGGGGCCACUCCUCUCUCUGCCGUCUCUACCCUGCUGUGGAGCUUGCUGUCUCUGGCACCUUCAGGUCUUCGGUUUUCCCAUCGGGGCUGAUAAUCGUGGGCUGGGGUUGGCUCUCUGACCCUGUAGGGACUGGUGGCUGGUUCCAAGUCCUGUCGCAGCAUUUCAGGUCUUCCCAUGAGGUUGGGUCAGGUCAGUGGAGCAAGCAGGUAUGUGGAAGAGUCCUGGGACGCAUAACCCUCUCUUUCCUCUUCUUUUGUAGUCUCUUUGUUAAAACUAAGUAGAAGAAAUAAUUUAAAUGACUGCUUACCCUGUUCUGAGGAAACUUUUUUGGAAUUAGAUUUUAGUUGAUUUAAAAAAAUACAGUCUGACACUUGUUUUUUUUUUUUUUAAUUUCCAGCAUUGUAGAAGUUGUUCCUAACAUGGGGACUGGGCCUACCCUCCACGAGGGAUUUGUUUAUGGGGCUCUUUUAGCCCAUCCACACUUAGUUAGGUCAGGUAUCGGGGUAGAGUGCUGAGCUCCUUGUGGUGGUCCUUGCUCAUAUGGGGCUAACCGAAACCAGAGGGGCAAGAGGAGGAGAGUGGUAGGGGAAGACCCCAAAACCCCUGCUGAGAAUGAAGAGUCCUGUGACAGAGCCAAGAACGGGCUGCUGCUGCUCGGGAAUCCGGGUUUCUCACCAUCAUCCUCUUCCCCUUCCAACGUGGUCCCCGCUGGGUUCUGCUGCCGCCCAGGUAGAAGACUGCUGCGUUACUUCGGUUGUCUGACUUGUUCCAGUGGGUAUUGGAGUUCGUUCUUAUUACACCAGUUGUUUCUUGAGAUUGUGUAGAUUACACAUUUUCCAAAUUAGUUCUGGGAUCGACUGUUCCAGGGGUGAUGGAGAAAAAGCACAAAAAUGCUUGUUUCUCAGGAGUGUUGAAUGCCUGCCCCACUGUUGUUUGGGGAGAUGGGAGUGGGCUUCUGGGUCCGAUGUGAAUGUCCCCUGUGAUGAUUUACAGUUGCCUAGAAUAAAACUUGCUACUAGCGAAAA